AUGCUAACAAAUUUAAACAAAAUUCAGGAUCAAACUACGGACGGCUUUUCAAAAAAUGGAGGAACAGUAAAUAAUAGUUUCGAUCCCAGUCCUGAAAGCAUUAUCUCAAAUGAAAAGAACGGCAAAAGCAAGACUGCUGAAGCUGCUAAAGCCCGCCCAACAUGGGACAAUCAAAUUGAAUUCCUUAUGUCAUGCAUUGCGACAUCAGUUGGAUUAGGAAACGUCUGGCGAUUUCCAUUCGUAGCUUAUCAAAAUGGUGGCGGGGCUUUCCUUAUUCCUUAUAUUAUAGUUCUCAUUCUCAUAGGCAAACCAAUGUACUAUUUAGAAACUGUACUGGGGCAAUUUAGCAGCAGCAACUGUGUAGGAAUUUGGGCACUUUCACCAGCAAUGAAGGGUACAGGAUUUGCGCAAACAUUAGGUGCUUUAUAUUUAGUAUCAUAUUACGUAGCGCUCAUAGCACUAUGUCUGUAUUAUCUGGCGAUGAGUUUCCAAGAACCGUUGCCGUGGGCGCAAUGUGAUGAGAGCUGGGUAGAUUGUGUACCUUCUGGCGAAUCUGUAAAUAUUAGAGCUAUCGAGGGCAACGCUACAAGCAGUGCAGAAUUGUACUUUAUUAAAACAGUUCUUCGUCAAUCUGAUGGAAUACAUGAUGGAAUAGGUGUACCGUUGUGGGAUCUUACACUCUGUCUUUUGGCAUCAUGGCUCAUAAUAUAUGUAAUCGUGGCCCGAGGAGUGAAGAGUUCCGGAAAAGCGGCAUAUUUCCUUGCUCUCUUUCCUUACGUUGUUUUGAUUAUUCUACUUAUUAGGGCAGUGACUUUACCCGGUGCAGUCAAUGGAAUUCUAUUUUUCAUUACACCAGAAUGGAGUAGAAUUUUAGAAGUUCGAGUAUGGUAUGCAGCCAUAACCCAAGUAUUUUUCUCCUUAUCCGUCUGUUCGGGUACUUUGAUCAUGUUUUCUUCAUAUAACAAAUUUGGACAAAAUGUUUACAGAGAUUCAAUGAUAGUCACUACUCUCGACACGUUUACUAGUUUAAUUUCCGGAAUAACCAUAUUUGGAGUGCUAGGCAAUUUGGCGUAUGAAUUAAACUACGACGAUGUGAGCCAGGUGGUCGGCACUGGGGGUGCCAGUUUAGCAUUUAUAUCUUAUCCAGAUGCUAUAGCAAAGUCACCAUUUGUACCUCAGCUGUUCGCUGUACUGUUCUUCCUGAUGAUGGCAACACUAGGCGUCGGCUCGGGAGUCGCUUUGAUAUCCACAACCAGCUCUGUAUUGAUUGAUGCGUUCCCCUCCGUACCCAUAUAUAUAAUGUCAGCAGGACUUUGCACUUCUCUAUUCCUUGUGGGGCUCAUUUAUGUAACACCCGGUGGUCAAUAUGUCCUCGAAUUAGUUGACCACUAUGGUGGAACUUUCAUGAGACUGUUCGCGGCAAUCUCCGAAACAAUUGGGGUAUUUUGGAUAUAUGGACUUGAAAAUAUAUGCGUGGAUAUUGAAUACAUGCUUGGUAGGAAAACAUCAUUUUUCUGGAGAAUAUGUUGGGCAAUAAUCACUCCAAUUCUUAUGAUAGUUGUAUUCUUCUACGCCCUGAUCACUACGGAACGAGUAGUCUUUGGCGACGGUUACGUUUACCCUGAAGGAGCUUAUAUUGCUGGCUACGUACUACAGUAUGUGGGAAUAUCUCUUGUACCUAUACUUAUUAUUAAAGCGUUAUGGAAAUACAGAACUGGUAGCUUUAUUGAGACUGUCAAAAGAGCUUUCCAUAGAAAACCAACUUACGGUCCAAGUGAUGAAAACAAACGAGAAAGCUGGAAUCAAUUUAGACAAGCAGCUAAACUAACUCGUCAAACGAAACGGAAAAAUUGGUUUUAUCAUAUUAUAAUAGUAUUAUUUAGAGGAUAUCGAUACAAUAAGGUAUAGUAGUUUAAAUAAUAAUGACUAGACAAUAAAUUAAUAUAAUGCUGG